AUGUUCACUAAGCGAAUGCUGCUAUUGGCUUUUGUCUUUGCCUACACUGGAAUUGAACAAGCAUUCUGGACAGGAAUCUACCCUACUUGCAUCUCUUUUACCCAAAAACUGGGCUCAAAUACAAACUCUUUGCUUGCACUAAAUUCGAUUGCUGCAGGAUUGGGACAAAUAGCAGCUGGACUGCUUUUUGGAAUUCUUGGUGCACGAACUAGCAAAAUAGGACGCGAUGCUAUUAUUUUUAUGGGUGCUAUCAUUCAUCUUAUCACAUUUGCCUUAAUUUACAUAAAUAUUCCCAAUGAUGCUCCUCUGCAGAAAACAAACGAAUUAGGAGCAAUUCUGACACCAAGGUUGAGAAAUGUGGGUUUUGACAUGUUCCAUUAA